CCUCACAUCUCUAGUUUCUCUAAUCUUGCUGUGGUCCAUUACCCAAUUCUUCCUCAAAUCCUCAACCAAAAAAAACCUCCCCCCUUCCCCCUCAAAGCUACCAAUAAUCGGAAACCUACAUCAACUCACCUCGCACCCUCACCGCGGCCUCCACUCACUCGCCCAAAUACACGGCCCCCUCAUGCUCCUCCGCUUCGGGAGCGUCCCCGUCCUGGUCGUCUCAUCCGCAGAGACGGCCCGCGAGGUCAUGAAAACCCACGACACCAACUUCUCCAACAGGCCCCCAUUCAAGGCAAUGAGCAAGUUGUGCUACGGCUGCAAGGACGUCACCAGCUCCCCCUACGGCGAAUACUGGCGCCAGAUAAGGAGCAUAUUCGUCCUGCAGAUGCUGAGCAACAAGAGGGUUCGGUCUUUCGGGUGCAUAAGGGAGGAAGAGGCGGCCCUUCUGGUGAAGAGGAUCGAGGGGUGCGUUGAUGUGUUGGCUCCCGUGGAUUUGAGGAGGCUGAUUGAGGACUUGAAUGGGCAAGUUAUUUUUAGGUCCAGCUUCGGUAGGAGAUACAGUGAGACGGAGAACGGGAAGAAGUUCUUGCGUUUGAUUAGGGUUUUUAUGGGGCUUGUUGGGGAGAUUUAUGUUGGUGAUUUUAUCCCGUGGCUUGGAUGGAUUGGUCGUGUUAAUGGUUUUGAUAAGAGGAUUGACACCACUGCCAAAGAGAUAGAUCAAAUUUUGGAGAGUGUGAUUCAAGACCGCCAGCACUUGGUCAAGGCCAAAGGCAAAACUGAAGGAGAAGAACAAGAAGAAGAAGAUUUUCUGGAUAUUUUGCUCCAAAUCUACAAUCAAGAUGCCUCCAUGGAUCGAGAUACCGUUAAAGCAUUGCUUGUGGAUGUAUUUGUUGGCGGAACUGAUUCAAUCUCCACAUCUUUGGAAUGGAUUAUGUCAGAACUCUUACGACAUCCUAGGGUGAUGGAGAAGUUGCAAUCCGAGGUACGAGGUGUCGUUAAACAGAAGAAGCACAUAACACAAGAUGAUCUCGAGAAAAUGGAUUAUAUGAAGGCCGUGAUCAAGGAAAACAUGCGUCUCCAUCCAACAUUCCCGCUUUCACCAAGACUCGCAAGCAAGGAUGUGCAGAUCAAGGGGUACGACGUUGCAGCCGGAACCAUGAUGAUGGUCAACAUAUGGGCCAUUGGGAGGGAACUCGUCUCGUGGGACGAUCCGGACAAGUUUAUGCCGGAAAGAUUCUUGAAUUCUUCGAGAGAUUUCAAAGGCCAAGAUUUCGAGUUUAUCCCGUUCGGAACCGGAAGAAGGGGAUGCCCAGGGAUUAGAUAUGCUACAGCUACAAUGGAGCUUGUGUUAGCCAAUCUUAUGCAAAAGUUUGACUGGAAUUUGCCUAAUGGGAUUUUGCCAAAACACUUGGACAUGACUGAGAGCUCGGGAAUCGCUCCCAAUAAAGUUGUCCCUCUUCUUGCACUUGCCUCUCAUCCUCAAUAAUUUCGACAAAUUGUAUACUUUCUCUAUACAUAUCUGGCUCAUAUUUUAAGAAACGUGGGUUGAA